CCCAAAGCUGGGAGCAGCGUUGCCGACAGCGCUUCGCAGAAAAGGCUUGGGCCGAGCUCGGGCCUGCUCUCACGGGGGUGUCGGCAGGCAGACCGGUCAGCUGCCAGGGAAGCCUGACGCCCGGAGGCCCAGGUGUAGAGAAUAUCUCAGUGGUAGCUACAGUUCCACCUCUGGUCUGGCUGGCAUGUAUCAUGGGCAAAUAGCUAGUAAAAGGCCCUCUAAUCCCACACAGAUGUACCAGCAACCUCCAAGGCUUCUCAUUGUGCAUAUUGCUCUACCAUCCUGGGCUGACGUCUGCUCCAAUCUCUGUGAGGCUCUGCAGAACUUUUUCUGUCUAGCCUGCAGCUUGAUGGGCCCCAGCCGCAUCCCUCUCUUCAGCUUAUACAUUGUACAAAAUCAGCACGAGUGCAUCCUCCCUUUUGUGCAAGUGAAAGGGAACUUUGCUAGGCUGAAGGCCUGCAUCUCAGAACUCCGCAUGCUGCAAAGAGAAGGUUGUUUCAGACCACAAGGCAUUUCUCUGCAGCUGGCAAUAGAGGAUGGGCUCCAGCAGUUCAAACAGUACAGCCGACACGCGAGCACAGGUGCAGCUCUGACCUACAGUUCCCUGGAGAUUACUGUUCUGACUUCACAGCCUGGAAAAGAGGUGGUCAAACAGUUGGAGGAAGGAUUGAAAGAUACAGACCUAGUCAGGAUCAGGAAGCUUCAGGUGGUUGAGAUCACAAAGGGAGCCAUAGAAUGUAUGAACUCAGCAUCCCCUGUUGAAGAGCCCAGCAAUGAGGAGAGUCCUAUCCUGGCAACUGACAUUGAUCUUCAGACUAUAGACAGUGAUAUUGUCAGCAUGGAGAUUUUCUUCAAAGCCUGGCUGCAUAACAGCGGAACAGAUCAAGAACAUGUUCACCUUCUUCUUCCUUCACGGAGUAUCAGCAACAUUUCCAGAACCAGAGAUGAUUCAAUGUGCCUGAAAUGUGAUCUUCAAGAGCGACUUCUCAGCCCAUCCCUACUCCCUGGAACAGCUGAUGGCUCUUUGAGGAUGGAUGACCCCAAAGGAGACUUCAGCACCCUCUACCAGAUGGUUUCCCAGUCAUCAGCCUCUUGUUACAAGCUCCGGGUGAUCAAGGCUCUAAAAUCCAGUGGGGUCUGCGAAUCACUGACCUAUGGACUCCCCUUCGUCCUCAGACCCACAAGCUGUUGGCAGCUGGAAUGGGAUGAGCUGGAAACAAAUCAGCAGCAUUUCCAUGCUUUGUGUCACAGCCUGCUGGUGAGUACCCAUGUCACCAGGUGA